UGGGACCUUUCCAUGCUCUUAUUUAAACCACUGAGAUUCUCCCCGUUCCCCAGCCGGCUUCAGGACCCUUUUUACUUUUUUUUUUAUUUCUUUUUUUAGUUGCGGAUUGUGAACUCGGAAUCUAUUGCGUAGGCUCCACCAUCACCGUCCACCAACUUCACGAUGGCCUCUACCGAAUUGCACCAGGCGCCUACCGCCGAGAAGGAAAUUGGCGGCGGCGCUACCACCGGCGCAAACCUCAAUGGUUCAUCUACCACCCACCGCUGGGACUAUGGCGGCAACCCGCUCUAUCACGCCCAUUCCGGCCCCGACGCCAGACUCCCUGCCUUCGGUGGUGAGUUUCAACCCGGUUUGUACAAGCCUAUCGAGCACCGCAAGUUCGCCAACCCUGCACCUCUUGGUCUCUCUGCUUUCGCCUUGACAACCUUCGUCCUAUCUCUCGUCAACGUCAACACGCGUGGCGUUGCCGUUCCGAAUAUCGCCUUGACGCUGGCAUACGGAUAUGGUGGUCUCGUGCAGCUACUGGCUGGCAUGUGGGAAAUGGCCAUAGGCAACACUUUCGGUGCCACCGCCCUGUCAUCCUACGGUGGUUUCUGGAUUUCCUACGCUAUCGCCCUGACCCCAGGCUUCGAGGCCUUGGCCACCUACCCUGACGAUGCCCAGAAAGCGUCCGUGCUUGGUUUCUUCUUGACGGGCUGGUUCAUCUUCACCUUUAUCCUACUUCUAUGCACCUUGAGGUCUACAGUUAUGUUCUUCAUGCUAUUCUUCACCCUCGACCUCGCCUUCCUUAUGCUUGCCUGUGCCGAAUACGCGAAGUCUAACGGCGCGGCGGUUUCGGCUGUGAAGUUGACACAAGCGGGCGGUGGAUUCGGCCUGCUUGCCGCAUUCCUUGCCUGGUAUAACGCGUUCGCUGGUAUUGCCGACUCGAGCAAUUCCUUCUUUAUCAUCCCAGUCUUCCACUUCCCUUGGUCUGAGAAGGGACGCCAGGUCCGUGCCACCAAGAGCGAACGCGAGACAGCAUAGAUUCGCGAUGGAAUGCUCGAGGGCUGUUUUGGAUGGUAAUGUUUUAUUGGUUUGUGUAAAACGAAUUGUUCUCUUGAUGUUCAUAAUUAGGUAUUAAGGGAGUUUGCAAAGCAACCACAGGACAAGUGGUAUGAAGUGCAAUAGUCGGGGUAAUCUGUUAAGUUACGAGACAUGUUAUACAGGGUGUAACAUCGUAUACAUUAAUUGACAAUUGUAAAUGUUGAAGUGAAGAAGUAUGUUCAGUAAGCCUUGCAGGUGAUAGUUGUACAUACAAAGUUCGACAAAGAAAAAC